UCAGCCCGGGCUAAGCUGUUGCUGUAUCCUAGAAGCCCCGGUCCGUAGCAACAGGAAACCUUGGUAUAAAAAGCCGAGUCGCAGGGGAAACCCUCCUAAGUGUCUCUCAUCUGCAGCAUGACCAGGACCGAGAGCCUGAGCGUGUGGACUUAACAAGACAAUGCCCAGCCUAAUCGACGAACCACCCAACGCGCAGCACUUCAUCAUGGACAGAGAUGACAGGAAGAGAAUCGGAAAGAACUUUAUGUGCCGACUGCAGUGCAUGUUCUCCAACUCAUCAAGCUCGGAGAGCAGGCUAAGUUUAGAAGAUACCCAACAAUGGUCACAGUCACUGGAAAGGCUUCUCGAGUCUAAAUAUGGGUUGGCCACUUUUCGCAACUUUCUGAAAUCUGAAUACAGCGAUGAGAAUAUUGAGUUCUGGCUCACCUGUGAGGACUACAAGAAGAUUAAGUCUUCAUUCAGAAUGUCUUCAAGAGCCAAGAAGAUUUAUGAGCAGUUUAUCAAAGCAGAAUCUCCUAAAGAGAUCAACAUUGACUAUCAAACCCGAGAGCAGAUCAAACGAAACGUAAAGACUCCCACCGUGCACAGCUUCGACGACGCUCAGAAGAUCGUUUACGGGCUGAUGGAAAGAGACUCGUACCCGCGGUUCCUCCGCUCAGACAUUUAUAGAACUCUACUGGAAAACCUCGCAGCCGACGCCACAAAGGGAUGAAAGCGCCACCGAGGGAAGAGAGAGAGAGAAAGACAGAGAAAAAGGACAUGAAACCCAUAACUGGAAUGUUUGAGCUCCUUCAGGAGGAAAGGCCCAGUAACAAAGGAGGAGCCGCUGCGCGCCACACCGACACCUACGGAGGCCUUGCACCUCGCCACCGGCGGCACCGGGUCCAGCAGCAGAACCCGUGCCUCGGUCCCGCCCUGGGACGAUGGACACACUGAGCACGUCACACCUGAGGACUGGGUAACGAGGAGAAGAACAAACAUGACCGGCCCUCAUGGCGGUGAACCUGCAGUGUGUGUUUGCACUGGGUGAUGAGUCUUGUUGACAAAUUGAUCGCUUUUUGACAGUGAGUGAAUCCGUGAGGGGACCAUCGUGCGCCAACAAAGCAUGCAGCCGACCUCCUUUUUUUGCAGACGUGCUUCCUGUACAGAGUCAGAGGAUGUAAAAUGCAACAGUCACAUUCGAUUAGCUCUGUGUGUGUGUGUGUGUGUGUGUGUGUGUGUGUGUGUGUCUGACAGGGUGAAGGUGAGUAUUUAGUUAUAGCUUUUAACUUCCACAUAGAUUACAAAGAAUUUAGCCAAUUAUCUAAUGACAGCACUGGGGAAGACAAAGAAAUCCGAUGCAGAUCGGUCACUAAUCCCCAAUUAGGAGUCAUUGGUGAUAUAUUUCAGAAGGCCACUUGAUUGUGCAAGAAGCACUCUGGAACACUUCAAAUGGAGAUUCUUUGUUGUUUUAAAAAUAUCUCUCUGAUUGGACCGAUGUCUUGAGAUUUAAGCUGCCUGUUGGGGUAUUUGGUGUAAUAUUAAAUAUAUGUCUGAUAAGUAGGUGGUGUUCCAAAAUACACAUUUAAUCUUAUCAGAACAUACCAUAAUCAUGCAUAUUUCACCACAGAUACGUAAUAGUUCCCUUAUAUGGCCGGUAUUCUGUGAUCAUAUGUGAAGAAAAAAGGGGAGGGCAUGGAGUUUUCAUUGGUCAGCACACAACUACUGGCCAGUCUCUCAUUCCAAACAAACUUCUUCCAUUACUGCAAGUUUCAAGAGUUGGUAUUUUGUUUGAUAAACAAUUUUAGUGGAAUUAUUCACCUUGCAUGAUGGGAUAUUAAACACCUUUGCCUUAUUGUUGCUUUCCAAAGCAUGUUGUUUGAAUGUAUUCCAAAGGGUGAAUUGUUUAGUUACUUGAAAGGUUAGUAGUGAAUUAUUUAUUAUUAGUCAUCACCAUUUGAGUACAAAGUGGUUUGCUGUGUUGAAGUGAUUGUUAAAAUAUUAGUCAUUUGAGCGACAUUAAAUUAUUUGAAUUGCCCACUUGAAA